UGGUUAUGCGUCAGGUCUGUUGUGUUCACACUGAUGGUUCGCUGUAUUCAAACAACACUUUAUCAGAUAUGUCAAUGGUAAAGACAGUUUACUAACCAGAACAUUUUUCACACGUGUUCUUCACAAGUCAGAUGCCCAAUGUCAAAGGCAAGGAGUCUACUUCUCCACCUGAUGGUGGAAAUGUAGAGGAACACUAUGAAAACAUACCUCUGACUUCCUCUCAUGGUUUCACAGAGACAUCAGUGGUAAAUACUUCAUCCAAUCAGACACUGAUUGGUUCUGAUGACAAAAAAAGCCACGCUACACUUUUACCUGAUGGAAGUCCUUUUAAGACAGAAUGGGAUAAGAUAGACAAAGAAAUGAAUGGCGGACAACUGGAUCCUUCAAAACGUAAUGUGAUUGAAGAAGUUACUAACAUAUGUUCCAGAGAAGGAACAAGCCAAAUAGACAGAGAACGUGCCAUUAAAGAGUUGGGUAUCACUAGUACUUCAUUUAUUGGGCCUGCAUGUCGUCCUGAGCCAUCCAUUGAACAGGAACUUUGUGACUUUUACAAAGAGCUUGAGGAAGCAGACAGCAGUGACAAGGUUGAUGGAGAUACCACCAAUGAGCAGUGUCACCAUCUAUCCUACAAUCCAAAAAGCGACCCACCAAACAGGAAAGAUAUUCCAGCUGAUGUAACUGAUCACAGCAGAGCCUACAGACCUUACCCAGAUCCACAUGAACGCAGUGGACAUCAGUGGAAAUACGAAGAUCCAAAGAGAUGGAGACCUCGCCCACAGUAUGGUACGGAUGGUUUUGGCCGAGGGGGGCACUUUCAGAAUUGGUAUCCACCUCCCCCAUGGAUUCCUCAUGGCCCUCCAGACUCAAGGUCCCAGUACUUCACUCCUCCAGGUCCCAUUUAUCCUCCAGACCUUAGACCUCAGCACCCUGGAGGUCCCAUGUAUCCUCCAGAGAUUAGACCUCAGCACAGCUUUUACAGUCAAACUAACAACAGCACCAGGGCCCCGUGGGAAGAGCCACAGUUGCCAUCAAAUGAAUGGCAUGGUUAUGGAAGGGCUUUCUCGUCACAUGGUUAUCCUGGAUUCUUUGGAGAAUAUGAAACACCAUCAAACUGGCAGCGGCAAAACCCUGAGCAACAGUAUAAUUAUGAAGAAGGACAAAAUGAGCAUUAUAAUAACAAUAGUUUAGUUCUCAUAUUGUUGAGGGGGGUCCCAGGGUCUGGAAAAUCCACUCUGGCUAGAGAACUCUUGUCCACUGGUCCUAAUGGAAUGAUACUGAGUACAGAUGACUACUUUUUCCAAGAGAACAGAUAUGUAUUUGACCCUACUCUGCUUGGGGACGCGCAUGACUGGAAUCAGAAGAGAGCUGAACGAGCGAUGUUGGAGGGCCGCUCACCUAUUAUCAUUGACAACACAAAUGUUAAAGCUUGGGAAAUGAAGCCUUAUGUUGAAAUGGCUUCAGAGCACAGAUAUAGAGUAGACUUCCUCGAGCCAGAUACACACUGGAAAUAUGAUCCUGCCCAGUUAGAAAAGAGGAACAAGCAUGGGGUUCCCCAAGAAACAAUAGCAAAGAUGCUGGAUCGUUUCGAGCGGCCUAUGAAUGUUGACAUAGUGAUGAAUUCUGUGGAGCCUCCCCAUAAAUGCAAAGGCAAUUAACUGCGCUCUGAAGACAUUGAACUGUUAUUGUUUCUUUUACCAUAUUUUAGAAUUGAUUUUGAGUCUUUUUUUUAUUUUUAAAAGCUUUCAGAAAUGAAUUCUUUUUUUUUAAGAGUAUGUUAAAAACUCAGGGGCCUGGGUAGCUCGGUGAGCAAAGACGCUGACUACCACCCCUGGAGUUCGCGAGUUCGAAUACCAGGGCAUGCUGAGUGACUCCAGCCAGGUCUCCUAAGCAACCAAAUUGGCCCGGUUGCUAGGGAGGGUAGAGUCACAUGGGGUAACCUCCUCAUGGCCGCUAUAAUGUGGUUCGCUCUCGGUGGGGCACGUGGUGAGUUGUGCGUGGAUGGCGUGAAGCCUCCACAUGCGCUAUGUCUCCGCGGUAAUGCGCUCAACAAGCCACGUGAUAAGAUGCGCGGGUUGAUGGUCUCAGACGCAGAGGCAACUGAAAUUUGUCCUCCGCCACCCGGAUUGAGGUGAGUCACUCCGCCACCACGAGGACUUAAAGCGCAUUGGGAAUUGGGCAUUCCAAAUUGGGAAGAAAAAGGGAGAAAAUACAAAAAAAAUAAAAAAAUAAAAAAAAAUAAAAAAUGUAAAUAUUUGUCAAAAACGUGAAUAUUUAACAACAUCACUCUCUUUGGGGGUGUGACCAAAUGUAAAAGUUUGAGAAUUUGCCAUUGAAAAUCCCAUAUUGAUUGACCUCUAAUCUAAAUAUUGGUGUGUGUGCUCUAGUGUCCAGAGUGAUAUAUUUUUAGCUUUUCUAGAUACAGUUGUGCUCAAAAGUUUGCAUACCCUGGCAGAAAUUGUGAAAUUUUGGCAUUGAUUUUGAAAAUAUGACUGAUCAUGCAAAAAAACUUUUAUUUAAGGAUAGUGAUCAUAUGAAGCCAUUUAUUAUCACAUAGUUGUUUGGCUCCUUUUUAAAUCAUAAUGAUAACAGAAAUCACCCAAAUGGCCCUGAUCAAAAGUUUACAUAGCCUUGAAUGUUUGGCUGUGUUACAGACACACAAGGUGACACACACAGGUUUAAAUGGCAAUUAAAGGUUAAUUUCCCACACCUGUGGCUUUUUAAAUUGCAAUUAGUGCCUGUGUAUAAAUAGUCAAUGAGUUUGUUAGCUCUCACGUGGAUGCACUGAGCAGGCUAGAUACUGAGCCAUGGGGAGCAGAAAAGUAUUGUCAAAAGACCUGCGUAACAAGGUAAUGGAACUUUAUAAAGAUGGAAAAGGAUAUAAAAAGAUAUCCAAAGCCUUGAAAAUGCCAGUCAGUACUGUUCAAUCACUUAUAAAGAAGUGGAAAUCUGUGCUCAAGGGAUCUCUUGAUACCAAGCCAAGGUCAGGUAGACCAAGAAAGAUUUCAGCCACAACUGCCAGAAGAAUUGUUCAGGAUACAAAGAAAAACCCACAGAUAACCUCAGGAGAAAUACAGGCUGCUCUGGAAAAAGACGGUGUGGUUGUUUCAAGAAGCACAAUAUGUCGAUACUUGAACAAAAAUGAGCUGCAUGGUCGAGUUGCCAGAAAGAAGCCUUUACUGCCCCAAUGCCACAAUAUGGCCGACAACACCUUGACACACCUCACAGCUUCUGGCACACAGUAAUUUGGAGUGACGAGACCAAAAUAGAGCUUUAUGGUCACAACCAUAAGCGCUAUGUUUGGAGAGGGGUCAACAAGGCCUAUAGUGAAAAGAAUACCAUCCCCACUGUGAAGCAUGGUGGUGGCUCACUGAUGUUUUGGAGGUGUGUGAGCUCUAAAGGCACGGGGAAUCUUGUGAAAAUUGAUGGCAAGAUGAAUGCAGCAUGUUAUCAGAAAAGACUGGCAGACAAUUUGCAUUCUUCUGCAUGAAAGCUGUGCAUGGGAUGCUCUUGGACUUUUCAGCACAACAGUGACCCUAAGCACAAGGCCAAGUUGACCCUCAAGUGGUUACAGCAGAAAAAUGUGAAGGUUCUGGAGUGGCCAUCACCGUCUCCUGACCUUAAUAUCAUCGAGCCACUCUGGGGAGAUCUCAAACGUGCGGUUCACGCAAGACGACCAAAGACUUUGCAUGACCUGGAGACAUUUUGCCAAGACGAAUGGGCAGCUAUACCACCUGCAAGAAUUUGGGGCCUCAUAGACAACUAUUACAAAAAACUGCACGCUGUCAUUGAUGCUAAAGGGGGCAAUACACAGUAUUAAGAACUAAGGUUAUGCAGACUUUUGAUCAGGGGUCAUUUAAUUUUUUUCUUUGUUGCCAUGUUUUGUUUUAUGAUUGUGCCAUUCUGUUAUAACCUACAGUUGAAUAUGAAUCCCAUAAGAAAUAAAAGAAAUGUGUUUUGCCUGCUCACUCAUGUUUUCUUUAAAAAUGGUACAUAUAUUACCAAUUCUCCAAGGGUAUGCAGACUUUUGAGCACAACUGUAUCACCACAUUUAGAAGUAGGGACCAUUGGUAAGAUAAGACACAUUCUGUGUGAAAAACUAAAUGAAGCAUAAAAACCGUAGUGGCCAAUUGUACACUAGGAGCGUUCUGUGUAUUUCUGAGCAUUACCUACAUUUUCAAUAGACCAGCUCAAUCUACUAGACACUGAUCUAAUCUCAGGGUUUACAUUUUACAAAUGUAAUUUAUCUGCUGGUGUUCUAUAUUGUCGACAGCUCAUUUACUGAAUUACAGGACCACAUUUUUAUUAUCUGUUGAUUGUUUUUGUAAAUAAGUGCUGACUUGUUUUUAUUACAAUGAAAAUAAAACCUUUUUGAAA